AUGGCGCCAUGGUGCUGGACACGGGCCCGUGGACAGGGCCCCCAGGAGCCCCAGACGUCUGGCCACUCCCACGCCUGCGCCCCUCUCUUGCUGCUGCUGCUGCUGCUGCUGCUGAGAGCCGAGGGUUGCUUGGGCGCGGGAGGAGCCCAGGGGGCGCUGUCCACGGGAGCCCCGCCAGACCCAGGAGUCCCCUGCACUCCCAAGGCCGCCUCUCCCUCGGGUGGGCCUCGCCUUCCCCGGCAGGCCCCUACCGUCCAGGCGCUGACUUCCACCAUCCAGUUGGAGUCCCCUGUUUCUAAUGAUUUCUUACCCUGCUCUGCCUGGGCCUGUCCCAACUCAGGCUCCCAGCCAGGGACCUUGGAGCUCUCCAGUACAGCUUUCAGGGUGGACUGUGGCCCAUCCCUCAUCAAGCUCUUGCCUUCCUCCUCAGCCUGUGGCUACUCCUACGAGCAAGACCCCACCCUCAGGGACCCAGAGGCCAUGGCUCGGCGGUGGCCGUGGAUGGCCAGUGUGCGGGCCAAUGGCACACAUAUCUGUGCGGGCACCAUCAUUGCCUCACGGUGGGUGCUGACCGUGGCCCACUGCCUGACCCAGAGUGACGUUCUCUAUUCAGUGAGGGUGGGGAGCCCAUGGAUUGACCAGAUGACGCAGACUACCUCUGACAUCCCGGUGCUCCAGGUCAUAGUGAACAGCAGGUACCGGUCCCGGCGAUACUGGUCCUGGGUUGGCCGCGCCAACAACAUUGGCCUCCUCAAGCUCGAGUGGGUGCUCAGCUACAACAAGUAUGUCUGGCCCGUGUGCCUGCCUGGCCUGGACUAUGUGCUGAAGGACAGCUCCCUCUGCACUGUGACGGGCUGGGGACUUCCCAAAGUUGACGGUGAGUGGCCCCAGUUCCGGACCAUUCAGGAGAAGGAAGUCACCAUCCUGAACAACAAGGAGUGUGACAGCCUCUACCACAAGUUCUCUAGAAUCCCCUCUAUGGUUCGGAUCAUCAACUCCCAGAUGAUUUGUGCAGAGGACAUCAACAGAGAACACUUCUGCUAUGAGAUAACUGGUGAGCCAUUGGUCUGCCCUUCGGAGGGCGUGUGGUACCUGGUAGGAAUGGUGAGCUGGGGCGCAGGCUGCAACCAGAGCGAGGCCCCACCCAUCUACCUACAUGUCUCUUCCUAUCAGCGUUGGAUUCGGGACCGCCUCAACGGGCAGCCCCUGGCCCUGUUGACCCCAUCCAGGACCCUGCUCCUGGCACUACCACUGCCCCUCAGUCUCCUUGCUGCACCCUGA